AUGAAUAAUUCAAUGAGUAAUGGAUCUCAGAAUCAAAAUGCCAAUAAUGGCCAGCAACCCCAACAACAAAUUAAUUUACAGAAUAUACCACCACAACAAUUGGCCCAAUUGGUGACUGCAAUGAGAACAGCUUAUGACCAAGCCAAGAAUUCUACCAAUGAUGCCGAAAGACAACAGCAUUUCAAUAGAGCUGAAAAUAUUAGAAGAUUAUUAGCGAGAUAUCAAGCUCAAAAAAACAGGUUGCAACAACAGCAACAACAACGCACUCAACAACAAACUCAACAGCAGACUCAACAGCAAACUCAACAACAGACUCAGCAGCAAAGAAAUUUAACAGAGCAUCAACGACAAAUCCAAGCUGUUCAAGCACAAGCACAGGCACUAGCACAAAUGAAUAACAAUGAGAAUUUUAAUGCCAUGAACAAUAGCCAAGUUGGUACACCAAUGAUGCAGCAACAGUCUCCCAGUAUGAUGCUCCAAUCGCCAAUGAUGCAACAAAAGCCAAUCAAUGCUGGUACCCCUAUGCGCCAACAAUCACCUUUGAUGACACAGCAGUCGCCCCCAGAACAAUUCCAAUCCCAGAAACCACACCCAACUCCACAACCACAAGUGCAGCAAAAUGUCCAACAAAUGAAUCAAAAUAAUGUGAUGAGAAACAAUAAUACACCUGGUCCCAAUGGUGCAUUACCUGGACAGAUUAAUGGUAUUCCUAUUGCAAAUAGUAAUAUAACGAUGGAAAGAUUCAAUCAGAUUAGACAAAAGCUCAGCGAGGUUCAAAGAAGAGUGCAAUUAUUGGAGCAAACAAAGAAAUCAGGAAAUGUUACUCCAGAGCAGAUUCAACAAAUUGAUAAAGAAAUAAUUGAGUGUAAGGCGAAGUUUCAACAAUAUCAAAAAGUGGGGAUCUAUAUAAGAAAUCAGUUAGUACUUCAAGCUAAAGCGCAACAACAGAGACAAUUACAACAGCAACAACAACAGCAAUCAUUACAGAAUAACAAUCUAAAAUCAGUUCAGAACCAGAAUCAAAACCAAAAUCAAGUGCAAGGAGCACAAUCGAUUGGACAAACUCCUCAGCAGCAGAGCUUUUCACCACAGUUGCAAGCUGCACAACAGCAGCAAUUUAUGGGCAACCAGCAACAGCAACAACAAGUUAGAAAUACCAAUAAAAGCGCUCUUCAAGGUCAAGUUCUUUCACAGGCACCAACUCCCUUGCCGGUUAGGCAAACACCCCAGAGCCAGCCUACAGUACAAGGAGGUAUGGCUUCACAAGCACCAACACCAGUAGCUCGAGGUUCUCAACCUACACCAUCCCAACCUUCAAGAACCGGGUCAAUCGUACAACAACGGGCACCAAGUCGACAGGCAUCAGCAACGCCGCAGGCUCAUUUCCAACCACCACUACCACAGGAGAGUCGACACCCUUCUGCAACUGCAUCAGAAAAACCACUUCCCCAACAACAACAACAACAAGGAGUGGGAACUGCUAAGAGUCCUAGUGUUGCCGCUACUCCUGCUCAGAAUAAUGGUACCGUUACAGCAAGGUCUGCAUCACCUGCUGCAACAACCACUGAUGGUGCUACUACAGGACGAACGGGAACUCCUCAACAACAACAAUCAAGGUCACGAUCGGGAUCAUCGUUGAAUUUGGCAGGCAUUACACGUCAGUCUGUCCCAUCGUUACCAAUAUCGAGUUCUAUUAAUGUGAAGCAGCCCACAAUCACCACAUUUAAUAGUAUUAAUGAUACGAGACCCAGUUUAACAGGAGGAGCUGCCAACCCUUUGAGUAUAUUAUUAGAUACACCAGCGAUCACAAGGUUGCCAACGUUUGAUAUUGAAGGUGACACUGGUAUCCUUGAUUCUAACAGCAGUGGGCGAGUGUUAAAUAAACGAAAAUUGGGUGAUUUGAUAAACACAAUAGGUGUUGAUGAAGGAGAUGGUAAGACCACUAUUGAUGGGAAUGUUGAGGAAUUUUUGUUGGAUUUGGCUGAUGAAUUUAUUCAUUCAGUAACAAGUUUUGCUUGUCGGUUAGCAAAACAUAGAAAAGUGGAUAGUAUAGAGGCAAGAGAUGUUCAAUUGCAUUUGGAUAAAAAUUGGAAUAUCAAGAUUCCUGGCUAUGCAAUGGAUGAGAUUCGAAGCACGAGAAAAAUACAACCUAGUACUAGUUAUAGUCAAAAAGUUCAAGGUGUUGAAGUUUCGAAAGCGGUUAAUGAUGAUAAUGUUUAG